UGGAAAAACGUGUUGACAACGCGGGAUCAACUAGUUAUUUGUCCUGUAAACCAUUUAAGUUACUCAACUUACUCAGUUACUCUUAUUAUUGCCUUCUAGUUUGGUAACUAAGCUCUCUGUUUGACCAAUAUCAAAUCGGCUUCUAGGCUUUCUCUUACCAAAGUACUGUUUCUAGUAAAUGCAGAUCUGAGCUUUCAUCUCUCCAUAUCUCCUGAGCUCCUUCCUUUUUCCUCCAAGUUCUUCUCAUCGAUGUCAUUCAAUACUUCUAAAACCUUUAGUAAUCUACUAUUAAUACCUCUCCCUCACCAAUGACGUGGAAAACUAUCAAUCAUCUCAUUCUCCUUCAAUCACUAGCGGGUGCAUGCAGUCGGUGAUAGUCACUGAAUUCAGUCAACUAUUAUUAGUAUUUCUCUCGAAGCUUCAUGGCAACAUAAAUCCAUCAAACAGACAGACAGGAAUAAACUUAAAAGGGAUAGAAAGAAUUUAACAGUAAUCUCCUCUUACCAUUAUCAGUAAAGACAUUCUAUUUGUGGUUGGCUCUCCAAGGUUUCUUAUCUACCCGUUCAACACAGACCGGGCACUUGCAGAUUCGCAGUGCAGACGACACCACAAUUUUUCAUUUCAAGCUCCGAUAAGCUCUUCCAAGAAUACACACAGAUUACAGGGCCUCAAGCAUAUAAGGGAUAUUCAACAGGCAAAAGAGUGGAGAGAGACAUCGAUAAGCGUAUCUGAUAAUCUACUCUUCAAGCCACUCACGUCUUUUGGAAUAUCAUAUCUUCUAUCUUUGCUGGACUUCCCGAUCGAGGCAGUUCUCCUCGUCAUUAGACCAUUCCCAUACGCUACUAAAUUUCGGCCCUAAUCACAUCGCGCUUCUCCGAAGACAGGGGAUUUGCACCAAAAACCCCAUAUCUCAUCUAUCCUCCCUGGCUGCAGCAGCAAUAUUGGCGGAGCCAACCCCAGGGUUUAGAGCAGGUCAUCGGGUUCACGCACUUACGGAACCUGGUGGUGGAAAUUUCGACGGAUACUGAUCCACAAGGAGUCUUAUUACCCAGUGUCCAUCAUGUCGACCCCAACUCCUAUAGCACGUACUGCCCCCAUUGCCAUUGCUUCUAAGAAACCUCAUCCAGAUACAAUACUCGAUACUCCAAUCGAUUCUUCAAACGGCAGAGAUAUUUCUAGUUUUUCAACGAGCACGAGUAGUGUGGCAUCGAUGGACUUGGGAAAUAACAUGAGAAGUCGAAAGGAUAGACCUUGUGAUGCUUGUAGGAGGAGGAAGAGUAGAUGCGUAAUCAAUGAGGGACAGUCCACGUGUGUUCUUUGUCAAUUCCAUUCGCAGGAUUGUACUUUCGUGUCAAGUCCGCAACCUAGGAAAAGGAAGCUAAAUGUGGAGGGGAAAGAGGAAUCUGUUGCUAAAAGAAGGUACCUGAAAUUACAUGUUCAAUAUUUCGUGUGUUUUGAGUCGUGGCUAACAAGUAUGGCAAAUAGAUCUCCAGACAGGAAUUUUGAAAGGUCCAGACCCCACGAAGCUAGCAUAUCUAGCACCGGUGCCACGAAUUCGCUGACGGAAGAUCUGGCAAACAUUGGGGGCCCAACCUUACUAAAGCGAACACUGGGCCUACAACAUGACCGAUAUAGUCAAUAUAUUGGCCCAACUACAGAUUUCGAGCCUUCACUCAUUGAUCUUUCAACAUUUGAUCCACAAGACGAGAGUUUAUUGUCGAGAGGAACAUUAAGAAAAGUCAGCGAUUAUGAUACAUUUUUGAUGCUUCCGGAUCAUAGAACUCCCGGUCAUGAACAUCAAAUUGAGGAUGCGGAUGCGAUUGAAGAUCUAGUGGCGCCACAUGGUCCCAUACUGCUUGAUUUAUAUUUUCGCAUCAUUCAUCCAAACUUUCCUAUCCUUCAGAAAAAUGUAUUUUGGGAAAAGUACAACAGAUCGUACCGAGAAUUUUCACCACCUCUUUUGGCAGCCGUUUAUAUCCUUGCGAUCAAUUGGUGGGACCACAGUGAAGAACUUGCCCAUCUCCCUAGGCCCGAACUUAAGGAGUUGGAAAGGUUAGCGAGAGUCACAUUAGCAGAUGCUAUGAACCGGCCCAAGUUGUCAACCGUACAAGCGGGACUCUUAUUAUCCCAAGCGCCAGAAGGUGACCAAUGGGCACCCACCGCACAACUUGUAGCAAUUUCCCAAGAACUAGGUCUCCAUCUCGACUGCUCGAAUUGGAAAAUCCCAUUAUGGGAACGCGGACUCCGCAAACGUCUUGCGUGGGCUUUAUACAUGCAGGAUAAGUGGGGAUCGUUAGUUCAUGGACGUCCAUCCCACAUCUUCGCUUCGAAUUGGGCUGUUCUCCCACUUUCCCGGAACGAUUUUCCCGAUGUCGAACAUGAUGAGACUGAUGAUGAGCAGAGUACUGAAUACGAACGGGGCAGACUCCUUUUCACUCAAAUGAUCAUUCUCUCUCAAAUUCUCUCCGAGGUUCUAGAUACCUUCUACACGUUAUCCGCCAUGUCUAAUAUUACCAGUGCCGGGAUACAGGGCACAAGCCUUGUUCUCCAGCUUGCAAAACCUGUCCAGCUCAAACUGAAAGAUUGGUACGCGGCCCUACCCGCCUGUCUCCGCAUGGACGCUCCCCCCACGUCGAAAUUAUCCCUAUCCUCCACCGGAUUCCUGCAUCUCGCGUAUUUUGCCACGGAAAUUACCCUUCAUCGCCGCAUCAUCCGUUCCUUAUCGCCUCCCUCCAACUCCUCACAUACUCAUAUUAAAAUAGAAGGGCAAUCGUCUCCUCCCCAAGUAGAUCCAUAUGUCCAGCAUAUUUGCCGUAGCGCAGCCAAAACCCGCCUAAUAUCCGCCAUGGAUUUCGUGAAUAGACUUACGACGAGUCAUUUGAGGGCGUUUUGGUAUUUUGCAAGUAAGACGAAUUUUGCGCUCAUCGGAACAUUUGGCUCAUUGUUGUGGGCUACGGCACCGGGAAGAGAGGAGGCGGAGUGGUAUAGAAGGAGGUUGGGAGAGUACAGGUGGACACUAGGGGUUAGCUGCAAAGGAGGAGAAUUGACGAGGUGGGCGAUGGGAAUGUUGGAUACGAGUACGGGGUUAUUGAAGGGAUUACCGGAAAAGCCGGCUUUGAGUAGAGUGGGCAGUGUGGGAGAAGGAAUGGAAGGCAGUGGAGGUCCAAGGAGAAUAAGUGGGAACCCAUUGGGAUUUGUAGGCGGGAGUUUACCCACCGGUAUAGGAAGCAUAGGGAUGGGCAUGGGUAUGGGCAUGGGUAUGGGCAUGGGUAUGGGCAUGGGUAUGGGACUUGGAGGUGGUACCGGAUUCGGAAUUGAGGGAACAGGAAGUAGGAGUAAUGGAAGGCUAGCUACCGGUAUCGAUGAGGAUAUGACGGCCUUAGCCGGGAGCAGUGGCUUGGUAAGCCCAAGUACGAGUGUUAGCAGUAGCGAGGAGUCUCAAGGCGCCCGCUACGAUGGGUAUAUGUUAUCACGGCCCAGGUUUGUGGAGGAGGGAUAUUAGGAUUGGAGAUGCCUCAACUUGGGAGGACCGCGGGAUAGAGAGACGACGGGGGAAAUUUACGAAGUCAUGAUGAAUAUUUUGAUAAUGCGAUGAUGAAGACAAAGAUGGAUGGGUACACAUAAGUGUGUUAUUUUUGGCGAGUCAAUAUCCUUGCGUUUUUGCGUACUACAAUAUAGAUUGCAUACCACAUACGAUCCCAACGCGAUGCGAUGUGCAUGCAUUAAAUUAAACAGUGCAUUAUUCUAUCAAACAUUUUGGUAUUUAG